CUCUGCCCCUGCAGUGACCCCAGCCUGUGUGAUGGUCAGUCAGGCCUGCACUGCGUGUCUCAGCUGAGGCAUGGACUGAAGGAGGAACUGCUCGAGCUGCUGGUGGACACAGCCGACGAUUCCCUCCAGGACAGCGAGAGCGCCGGUGGGGAAGACAGGACCUCCGCCCUCCUCGCCUCACAGCACAGCCCCGCCGUGCAGGGCAUCUCCUGCCCAGAAGACCUGGGCGAGCCCUCCGAGUCCACUUUUUGCCCUAAAAGGAGUACGUGCAGAGGAGAUCAAGGGAUCCUGCUUCAGUUUCGGGCUGCUGCUAAAACGCUGCAGGACAUGAGCCAAUCGUACCGAGAGAUGGAGGAGAGCAGCAGCCAAAGCCCAUCUCUGCCAAGCCUGUGGGUCAGGUACAGCGGGCACGAGCUGUUUGCUUCUGAUCCAGACAGGAGCCAGCUGAAGGGCAGGCAGUGCCCGCGGGUUCCUGUCAGAGACGCUGGUGGGCAGAGGCAGAGGGGACACCUGAGCCAGUCUGCACCCAGCCUAAUGGAGCCCCUGCUGAAGAUCAGAGCCCAUAUCCACAACAGGCUGGGAGGAAGUGAACCAGAAGAGGGUCUGGGUGGAAAAAAUGGCACAUUACCCAGACAGCCCAUAAGGACUCCAAAGCUCCUUACCCCUCUGGAUAGAGCAAGGGAGAAGGGAUGCUCAGGACCCAAGAGCUCUGUGCCAUUCCGGCCUAGAAUCUUAGUGCCUCUGUCCCCGAGGGUGUCCGGGAGCGGAAGGGAAAGGCUCCGCAGAAGAGGCUCCGAUGGCUCGUCAACGACCAGGACCGGCAGCGAAGACAGCAGCUCCAGCUGUGCCAGCCCUCGGGGGUCUCUGGACGUGGAAGAGGAUGAGCCCGUGGUCCCUGCAGGAAAGCUCCUUACCGCAUGUUUCAGGGAAAGCACUGAGUCGGAAAUCCGGUGCUUUGAGCCGGGAUAUGGGGACAAUGAGACCAAGCCUCCAGAUGUUACUCGCAGACGAGAGAGCAGUGAAGGAAUCACAGAAAACGAGAACCUUGUCAGAUCACAUGACGCUAUGGAAGGAGGCGAGUGUGAAGAAGGAUUAAAGGCAGUUCAGACAGAAUUAAGACAAUUAAUGUCUUCUGAGCCUUUGCAAAGCUUUACAUCACAAGAAGACCUGGGAAAAACAAGCACGACUGACAUGAGACAAGUGAAACCUGGAGAGCCGAUGUGUCUGGAAAGGCUCUCAAGCGAGGCCGGCAGACCUGAUUUAGAUGAGGAGAAAGUUAUGGCUCCAGUAAUGAACCAAGCACAUGCCAAUGACAGCGAAGAUGGUGACAGGCUACUGCAACCCUUAAUUCCCGUUGUGAACAUCACACUUUCAGACAGCGAUGUGCAGACAAGAGAAGAGACAAAAGCCCUCAAAGCUCACAAGAACAAAGUGAAAAUCAACACCUUAGCUUUCAAUGUGAAUCAGACUUUUAACGUUUUGGCUCAGAAUGGUAAAAUGCUCAAAAGUAGUAUUAGAAGCAAGUCUUGUCCAUCACAAGUCAAGGUAAACAUGAGAAAACGUCAAAAUCUUAUCAUCGGUGGCGAGGGGACCAUAAAACCAUUCUCACCGAGGGCAAACCCCAUCGAUGUCCUCGAAAAACCGCUUCCUCUGCUGCGGAGUGGCCACGUCGCGCCGUUGACAUUAAGCGCGGAGACGCCCUCCGCAGAAAGGAAGAAUCGCACGAACGGUGAGCCUCUGGCUAUGAAGCAGCCACUGCCGCGCGUCCACAGGAGCGCCCGGCAGCCCAAGGCAUCAGGAAACCAUGCAAGUCCAAGAGCCAAGUCCUCCGCGGAGUUUCUGCAGAUUGACUACAGCGACAUGUUCAAGGAAAUAGACUCGCGGAGCGAAGGGCCGGCGAUCUAUGAGAUGUUUGCGACUCCGGUGUACUCCCACGUCAGGGUGUCUGCACCGCGAGAGAAGGGGGCCUGCAGGGAGGUGCAGACCCUCGGAAAAAGCCCUGGGCGCAGAAGCACAAGAGUCGCUGAGGCACCCGAGAAGGGCAGGUCAAAGAAACCCUCCAAGGGUAAGCCCAGCUCCGCAGGCGCCAAGCAAAAGAAGAGGAGAGACGUUCUGCGUAAAGGGAAACACCCCAAGCCACUGGCCAGUGAAGAGGAAGAAGAAAACACGGUGUUUAUAUCAGGACGAAACUGGCACAUCAAGACAUCUAAAUAUGAGACGAUCCUUACUGAGGAGCACGGAGGAGUGUUUCAGGAACAAACAGAAGACUGCGUGGCACCGGCAGAUGACGAGGACGGUAACACUUUGGCAGUAAUUGAGGAGAUCCAAACACAGGACCUUUCACAUCUAACUACCCAGCCCAGACCACUCGAAAGCAAAACUCUCGUUUUUCACCAUGAAGCACCAAGCUCAACUGACCACCCCUUUAACAACCUAGAAAGCCCAAGAGAACAAGCCGCUGCUGGGGACUCUCAAGAGGGCUUGCGUGACUGUGAUGCCAGUCACAGCAGAGGAACAAACCGCCUCCCAGGCGAAAUAAAUCCCCAUUCAUUGCCAGGUCAGCCAAAAAUCAACACCUGGACAUCGGAAAGUGACAGAACAGUGUCUCCAGUGUACAAGACGUUUCUGGAUGUUGCUGGGGAUGGGGACCUGACUGAUGAGUUACUACAGUGUUUGGCUGAGCAGCUCAUUUCACUGGAGGAGAAGGACACGCAGCCUGAUGAAAGUAUCCACAUUCCCGACUCUGACCUCUCCGACAGAAAAUGGGAUCAAUUCUCAGAGCAGGACCUUGCGUGCAAUGGGUGGGAAUCCAGCAUUGCUGCCAUCCCCUCUGAACCUUAUACCGAGGACGCCAUCAUGUGGACAAAAGGUGAAAUUCUCGGUAGAGGCUCCUACGGAACAGUGUACUGUGGCCUGACCAGCCAAGGGCAGCUUAUAGCUGUGAAGCAAGUAACUUUGGAUCACCAGGAUCAAGACAGUGCAGAGAGGGAAUACCAGAAACUCCAAGAUGAAGUGGAUUUGCUAAAAACGCUGGACCAUAUCAACAUCGUGGGCUUCCUGGGAACCUCCCUCGAACAAAACAUCGUGAGCAUCUUCAUGGAGUACAUCCCAGGAGGAUCCAUAGCCAGCAUCAUCAGCCGCUUCGGGCCUCUGCCGGAGAAGGUGUUUGCCAUUUACACAAAGCAGAUCCUGGAGGGCGUGCAGUACCUGCACGGAAACCGGGUGAUUCACCGAGACCUCAAGGGCAACAACGUCAUGCUCAUGCCCAACGGGGUGAUCAAGCUCAUCGACUUCGGCUGCGCCAAGCGCCUGACCUGUCUGACCACCAGCGGCGCCAACAGCGAGCUGCUGAAGUCGGCGCACGGCACUCCCUACUGGAUGGCUCCCGAGGUGAUCACCGAGACGGGGCACGGCCGGAAGUCGGACAUCUGGAGCAUCGGCUGCACCGUGUUCGAGAUGGCGACCGGGAAGCCCCCCCUCGCGCACAUGGACAAGAUGGCGGCGCUGUUCUACAUCGGGGCGAGAAGGGGCCUCAUGCCCGCACUGCCGCACGAGUUCUCGGGCAACGCGAGGGAUUUCGUCCAGGCGUGUCUGACGAGCGAUCAACGAGAAAGACCUUCAGCAGAAGAACUACUGGUCCAUCCAUUCAUUCCCAGGCGAGAGAGCAUCCAGUGAGCAGGAAAGGGCAUUAAUGUGCACCUUUAAAAUACCGCUUCUCUGUUGUAUCCCUCACCGAGACCCGAGCACGUUCUUUUCAAACAUUUCACAGGAAAGCACUGAAAAUCAGCCAGUAAACCCAUUGAAACAUUCAGAACUGACAUGAAGCAGACAGCCUGGUUACCAUUCCUAACCAGUCCAGUUUACAUUUCUUAGUCAGAUCAACAGCUGACAUGCAGUAGCCUCAAUCCCAACAUGCCAAUAUGUAUUUUACAGACAUUUAAUCAGAUUUACUGUAAAUACUUUAUGUACAAAAUUUAUAAAGUAAUCAACUGUAAUAAAACAUUUUUAAUCCUUCACUCUUGACCAAUGUGCUGUUUAAAAUGAAAAUACUUUCCUCAAUGAGCUACAGGUGAAGAAAUUAAGACAUGGGCUCUCGCUGUACAUCAGUAUAUUUGUUUGCCAGAAUAUCUGAAAUAUGACUUGAGAGAUACGGAUUAAGACCAGUGCACACACUCAUAAUCUAGGCAAUUUCUCCCAUUCACCAUUCUUAGGAAAUGUAAUAGGGUAUUUGAAACAUCUCAUC